AGGGAAGAAUGGUUGAAGAGAAGCGCGAGCUGUGUGGCGAGGGGGCGGCGGCGGCGGCGGCGGCGGCGGCGGGAGCGCCCGAGGAUGGAUCCGCCUGAGGUGUGGGACCCUUAUAGCCGGCCGGCCCGCCGAACCCAGUGGCUGGUGAGCGCCUUGGCUUACCACUACGGGCUGGACCGGGGGGUAGAGAACGAGAUCAUCGUGCUGGCCACGGGCUUGGAUCAGUACCUGCAGGAGAUCUUCCACCACUUGGACUGCGAAGGCGAAGGCAAGAUCCCCGGCGACGAUUUCCAGACCCUCUGCCUGGUGCUGGGGCUGCAAGACGACGGCGACGGCGAGGCGGCCGCCGACCCGGAGGAAUGCGCUGGCCUCUGCGAGAACCUCUCGCCCGAGCUGACUUUCCGACAGUUCCAUGCCAAGCUGUGCGGCUACUUCAGCACUAAGGCCGGCUGCAAGCUGCCGGACCAGGGCGUCCCGGGGGUGAACAGGCUACCUCUGGGCAAGGAGAGCGAGCACAUCGAGACCCAGAUUCGCCUCCGCAGCCCGCUCCGCCGCCGGCGGGAGGCAGCUGCGGCGGGACGCAGGGCGGCGGGCAGGGGUUGCCCGCGGAGCAGCGGCGCUCGGUCGUGCUCUUCCUCGCCGCCGGGCUCGUGCUCCCGGGAAUGCUACGAAGAGAUCGUGGCGCUGGAGCAGGCGGAAGAUCGCAUCGUCAAGCUGGAAGACGAAAACGCCAGCCUGCGCGAAUUGGUGGAGGACAUGAGGGCGGCUUUGCAGAGCAGCGAUGCCCGGUGCUUGGCGCUCCAGGUGGGAUUGUGGAAGAGCCAUGCACAGCAUAAGAAAAAUGGGACUUGCUUUAUAGGCAGCCGGAGACAACAGGUUAACAAUAGAUUUCAGACUUCCAAGUGCCUUCAGAGCGUUCUAAAAGAAGUUGAAUUAAUCCGAACUUCUAGAGAUGGACAAAUUGAAGAAGCGAUUAAGUUUAACCAAGAACUGGAAAAAGAACUAAGGAAUUCUCAUGAAGCCCUGAUAGCCUUGGAAGAUUGCAACCACAGCUUAAAAAGAGAGCAGGCAGAAAUGAGGAAGAAAGUUGAAGAAGCAAGAUGUGUUAUUGUUAACAGCCUUGGAAAAGUAAAGGAGCUAGAAACUAAAGCCCAUAAAGUGUCCCAACUGCAGCUCUAUAUCCAGCAGCUAGAAUCUCAGCUACAGUAUUAUAGAUCAGAGGUCUUAAAGUGCCCAGUUCCUUCACAAAGCAACUCAGAACAGAAGAAAAAUGUAUCUCUGGAAGGACAAGAUAGCUUAUCACUUACACAGCAAGAUAGACAUUCACCAACUGGUGGUGCAGGAGUAUUGGAAAAUGUGGAAGAUCAGAUGUUUCGUUCUGUGGAAGGCCAGGCUGCAUCUGAUGAAGAGGAAGAGAAAUGGAUAGGCGACCAGCAAUCCCAAAUGGCUGAAGUAAAGAAACUCUUAGCUAGAUUUCCUUGUUGCAAUAGCGGAUGUGAUGACACAACAUUGAAGCAGCUGCGGUCAUCCUUUGGCAACCCCAGUAACUGUGGCCAUGAAAACUCCCUUGUGGAAUUAGUCCAACAACUCUCAAAAUUAAAAGAAGACUUUCAAAUGGAAGGGCAGGAAGAAAAAGUUUUGGAAACAAAUAUGGAAGAGACGAAAGGUCCAUUGCUAGGGGAAAUACAACAGAAGGUGGAGGAAUCUGAGCUGAUGAAGAUGGAAUUCCAGAUGUUGGAGACAGAGAGAGUAAGGCUGUCACUGGUGGAAGAAAAGCUCUUGGAUGUUUUACAGCUGCUGCAGCAACUCCGGGAUCUGAACAUUUCUAAGCGCACCUUGGGGAAAAUCUUACUGAACACUUUGGAAUCCUGCUGUGACUCCCAACAUGAAGCUGAGCUCAGAAGCAGGGCUGCCUUAACCCAUUUGUACACUCCAGAAGGGCCAGUUGCAAGGUGUUUUUUUUUUCUUUAUCUUAAAGGAAAACCACCUAUUGUUGAAGUUUUAGAUGCUCUCUACCAUGAACUGGCUGCCUGCAAACUCGCCGGAAGCAAGUCUCUUGAGAAAACACCAGGACACCAGUCUUUAUCAAGCUCUUUGGUUAUCUCCUGUUGAGCUAUAAUGCCUCUAUUGUUGUUGCUGUUCUUGUUUUUCCGAUUAUCACCAUGGGUUAAAAGUUAAAAUGCAAAAUCAUGGAGGGUUCUGCCGUCCAUGUAAUGGUCCAAUGCAAGAGAUGGAAUGAUAAAAUAAAUGGCAUAAAGAGAUAGGCAAAUGGAACAGAAAGCCCAGAAUUAUUUGUAAGGACUGGCAAUGGGUCUUGAAUAGAUUUUGAAGGAUGGAUCUCUCAUCCUUUCCUAUGGGCAUUAAUACAAUUAGAUAUAUGAUUUGAGAUUUGAGAACUAUGCAAGUACAACAUACAUCUGAAACCUGAAAUUAUGUUCAAUAUUUCCAAAGUCCCCAAAACUCUCAUUUAAUGUACAAAUAAAUUUUAUCCAAUAUUUACUCCACAUGGCAUUAAAUGGCAUCUAAAAUCUCUAUUUUACCAGUAUCAUUCAUACACUACAAGUUAGUCCGUACUUUAAUGACCUUAAUUGGGACCUAUUGUCUCUAUCACUAAGCAAAAAUUCACAUAAACAACCUGCUUAUGGUUAUCAAGCAAAUGGUUAUUGAGUGAGAUAUUAUGUGAAUGUGACUUUUGACUUCCUGCCGGCUUACCCAUUGGCUUUGCAUGUUAAAGCCAGCUGGAAGAUAGCAAAUGGCAAUCACAUGACUACAUGUAUGCUGAAAUAGUUAUACAUUCAAGAACCAGUCAUGUCAAUUUUUCAGCACUGUCAUAACUUCCAACAGUUGCUAAACAAACACUGUAGUUGUUAAGCAAGGAGUACCUAAAAGGGGGUAAAAUUUAGGUGUGUCUUAUACACCGAAUGUAGCCCUGCCCACCCACUGGCCCCCACCCUUUGGCCUCUGCCUUGCAGCGGUUACCUCCUUGCAAGCAAAUAGCAAGAAAAAACAGCUGCUUCCAGCUUCAGCACAGGCUAAUUAGCACAAGUUGAUUGGAUCGGCCUCCCGACUCUCAGCUGAUUUGCUCUCAGCUGUUUUGUGCAGGGCUCUGCUGCUUGCUGCAAAGAGGUACAUUGCUGGAGCAGAUUUUUUUUUCCUUGUGCUAAUCAAGCUGUGCUGAAAACGAAAAUGAAAGUAAAGCAGACUGCUGUUUGCUGCAACGAGGCAAAAUUGCUCAGAGGCAGAAGCAGAGACAGAGGGAGAUUUCUUUUUCUUCUUUUCCUCACCAAAAAAGUUUUAUACUCCAGUGCAUCUUAUACUCCGAAAAAUACAGUCUAUUUUAUCAUGUGCAAAAUAAUGCAAUACUCUUAUUACCCUGUAAAACUUUACUUUUCUGAAUAGAGAAGAUUAAUUUGCAUUUUAGAUAUUAUUCCAAUACAGUUCUUUGUCAUUUCUUGAGCAUUUCCGUGGUAACCCAAUGCUAGGCAUGAAGAAAAUAAAAUUAAAAAGUACCUAGAAGGAUUAUACAUUAAAGGAGGAAUAAAGCUGACCUGAAGUCUACAAGAAUUACUGUAGGCUAUCAGAUCUGGACUGCAACUGUCACUGUUCCAAGUAAUGCAUCCAUCGAAAGUAGAACUCCGAGGCAGGUAGAUUCCUCAAAGAACAAUUUAUUGGAUACAUCAUAUUGGCACCAAUAUGGUGAAAACCGACUCUGAAAGUUCCCGCGGUUUUCACCUAAUUAAAAAGUGAAAGUUCCCCCUUUCCCCCCAGUCAUCAUAUUGUCCAAUAGAGGUGCUGGCCAGCUGCUUGGUUACUCCACUCCUCUCCACAGCCACCUGUUGAAAUCUCCUUGGUUCCUACAGGAAAACUUUUUGUUUUGACUACAAAACCAUAGCUAUCUAUUUUCUCCCCCUCCCUGUCCCCUCUUCUGCCUUGUGGCAAUCCUGAAACCAUAAAGAUGGCCUCAAUCAGGUCCGCUUUAGGGUUGACAGCAACAUUUAGACAGUGGCACAAAAAAGAUUACAUAUCUACAGUAAUUGUAGCACUUUGUUUUUUAAUGGAAUCCUAACAACAUUCCACUGGAGUUAGCUGCAAAAUGGGACCAGGAAAACAAGGAACAGAGUAACAGUUUGUAAUUCUUUCACACACAAAAAUCUACUCUUUGUUUUGUUUUCCAUUUGGAUUGAGAGCUAUCUUAGUUAUGAUAUGAAGGGAGAAAUGCUGUUCAUCUACCACAAACCAUUUGCCUCCAUCUCUACCAGUACCUCCUGAUCUUCCAUCUAUCCAUUCUAGCCUUUCAGCAAUAUGUAAAAUAGUUACAGGUUGUUAUCACUGCAUGUACAUGGAGGAACUAUGUGUGUUAAAAAUAAUCUGGCUGAACGAUGUAUGUAUGGUUACUUGUAAACAUAGUUUAUUUGAUUCUAGAAUUAUGUCUGCAUUUUUUCACUGGAAAUUUACAAAUGUAGUAUAUCUUGGUAAGACCUUUUAACUAUUAUCUUCAAUCCUAGUAAAAUAUAGGUGGUUAUAUUAAAAGUCACCUUGAUUCUUUUGAAAUAAUGCCAGUACAGAAAAAAAAAUGGGGGUGGAAGAGAAGGUAAUAGGAGCCAGACAGAAUCACAGGAAGUCUCUGAUUACAUAUUUGAGGGUAUAUAAAGUACUUGGAUUAUUUAAAUUCUAUUCCUUCCCAUUAUGAAUCUAAAGAGCAGCGGUGGCACAGUGGUUAGAAUGCAGUCCUGCAGGCUAUUUCUGCUGACUGCCAGCUGACUAGCUCUAAGUCAAAUCAUUCUUCUCUGUGCAGUUUAACUGAUUUUUCAAGGAUUCUAGAUCCUUGAUAUUAAUCAGGGUGACAUCAGCUAUGAAACUGAGUAUUGAUCUGAUUUGAAUAUGAUGCUGCCCCAUGUCUUAACCAUGAUACUAACUUGGCUGAGUUUGGUCGAUGUGCUUAGACAACUUUCAGUGGCUGAAUCACACAACUCAACCAGGGGUGAAAUCUACUGACCUUCCUUACUGGUUCAGAAGUGCAUCCAUGCGUGCAUCAUAUGCAUGCGCAGACCCUCUGUGCAUGUGUAAAACCUGCACAUGCGCAGAGGGUAAAAAACACAUUACUUCCUGGUUAAAACCAGGAAGUAAUGACAUCCGGGCAGGUGGGCAGAGCCUUGCACCGCCAUCGCUACCGGUUCUCCAAACCACCAGCCACAAUCACUACCGGAUCACCUGAUCUGGUCCGAACCGGGAGCAUUUCACUCCUGAACUCAACCCAACAUUAUAGUUUAGCACUCCUUGACUUUUCUCCCCUCUUCCAGGUACCCCCGGCAAUCAUUGGAUAACGAUGUGACUUAUAAGACAUGUUUCAGGUAUAUAGUUUCCAUCUCCCUUUUCUCUUCUUUAUUUUUAUUCUGUAUAUUUUAACCAUCUUUCUUCAUGACUUGUUUCUGGAAAUUCCAUUGUGUGCCACAAUUUAUAAGCUUUCAGACAGACUAAUAAAGUUAUUCUCUCAA